AGGCUCCCGGGCCCGGCGGCCGCGGCUCUUUUGUCUCCCGGCCGGAGCCCGAGCCGGAUUCUGAGCUAGGGUCGGAGCCCAGGUCAAGACUGGGUCGGAGUCGGAUCGCGUCCGCAGCCCGGGCUGCCCGAUGGGGCGCGCCCCCUGCCCACCGCCCCCGGCCCGUGCCGUCGCCUGAGCCCCGGCCUGCCUGGCCCGGCCCGCGCCAUGGAGUCCGGCCGCGGCGGCCUGGAGACCGUGGGCAAGUUCGAGUUCUCGCGCAAGGACCUGAUUGGGCAUGGCGCCUUCGCCGUGGUCUUCAAGGGGCGCCACCGCGAGAAACACGACCUGGAGGUCGCUGUCAAGUGCAUUAACAAGAAGAACCUCGCCAAGUCCCAGACUCUCCUGGGGAAGGAAAUCAAGAUCCUCAAGGAAUUGAAACAUGAAAACAUCGUGGCUUUGUAUGACUUCCAGGAAAUGGCCAAUUCUGUCUACCUGGUCAUGGAGUACUGUAACGGCGGCGAUCUGGCCGACUACCUGCACACCAUGCGGACGCUGAGCGAGGACACCAUCCGGCUCUUCCUGCAGCAGAUUGCGGGCGCCAUGCGGCUCCUGCAUAGCAAGGGCAUCAUCCACCGCGACCUGAAGCCCCAGAACCUCCUGCUGUCCAACCCUGGCGGGCGCCGUGCCACCCCCAGCAACAUCCGGGUCAAGAUCGCCGAUUUCGGCUUUGCCCGGUACCUGCAGAGCAACAUGAUGGCGGCCACGCUCUGCGGCUCCCCCAUGUACAUGGCCCCGGAGGUCAUCAUGUCCCAGCACUACGACGGGAAGGCGGACCUGUGGAGCAUCGGCACCAUCGUGUACCAGUGCCUGACGGGGAAGGCGCCCUUCCAGGCCAGCAGCCCCCAGGACCUCCGCCUCUUCUAUGAGAAGAACAAGACGCUGGUCCCCCCCAUCCCCCGGGAGACCUCGGCCCCGCUGAGACAGCUGCUCCUGGCUCUGCUUCAGCGCAACCACAGAGACCGCAUGGACUUCGAUGAGUUUUUCCAUCACCCCUUCCUCGACGCCAGUGCCGCUGUGAAGAAGUCCCCGCCCGUGCCCGUGCCCUCGUACCCAAGCUCGGGGUCCGGCAGCAGCUCCAGCAGCAGCUCCACCUCACACCUGGCCUCCCCACCGUCCUUGGGGGAGAUGCAGAAGACCCUGACCUCCCCGGCCGAGGCCGCCGGCUUCCUGCAGGGCUCCCGGGACUCGGGCGGCAGCAGCAAGGACUCGUCCUGUGACACUGAUGACUUCGUCAUGGUCCCGGCCCAGUUUCCAGGUGACCUGGUGGCCGAGGCGGUCGGUGCCAAGCCGCCACUGGACAGCCUGAUGUGCAGCGGGAGCUCGCUGGCGGCCUCUGCUGGCCUGGAGAGCCGCGGCCGGACCCCGUCUCCUUCCCCGCCCUGCAGCAGCUCCCUCAGCCCCUCAGGCCGGGCCGGGGCGUUCUCCAGCAGCAGGUGCGGGGCCUCGGUCCCCAUCCCGGUCCCCACUCAGGUGCACAACUACCAGCGCAUUGAACAAAGCCUCCAGUCGCCCCCCCAGUACCGCACGGCACGGUCCUCUGCCAUCCGCAGGUCAGGCAGCACCAGCCCGCUGGGCUUUGCACGGGCCAGCCUGUCACCCCCGUCUCACGCCGAGCACGGAGCCGCCCUGCCCAGGAAGCUCUCCGUGGGCGGGGGCCGGCCCUACACACCGUCUCCCCAGGUCGGAACCAUCCCCGAGCGGCCGGGCUGGAGCGGGGCGCCCUCCCCCCAAGCAGCCGAGAUGCGGGGUGGCAGGUCCCCUCGUCCAGGCUCCUCGGCACCUGAGCACUCUCCCCACAGCGCCGGGCUGGGCUGCCGCCUGCACAGUGCCCCGAACCUGUCCGACCUGCGUGUGGUCCGUCCCAAGCUGCCCAAGCCCCCCACGGACCCGCUGGGGGUGGCGUUCGGCCACCCGCAAGCCAGCCCCCCGCAGCCCUCCCACGGGCUGCAGUCCUGCCGGCCCCUGCGCGGCUCGCCCAAGCUGCCCGACUUCCUGCAGCGGAACCCCCUGCCCCCUAUUCUGGGCUCCCCCACCAAGGCUGUGCCCGCGUUCGACUUCACCAAGACCCCCAGCUCCCAGAACUUGCUGACUCUCCUGGCCCGGCAGGGCGUGGUGAUGACGCCACCUCGGAACCGGACGCUGCCUGACCUCUCUGAGGCGGGGCCCUUCCAGGGGCAGCAGCUGGGCCCCGGCCUGCGGCCCACCGAGGACGCCAAGGGCCCCUUUGGCAGGUCCCUCAGUGCCGGCCGCCUCACGGAUCUGCUCCUUAAGGCUGCCUUUGGGACGCAGGCCCCUGACUCAGGCAGCGUGGACAGCCUGCAGGAAAAGCCCAUGGAGACCGCGCCGUCUGCUGGCUUCGGAGGGAACCUGCACCCGGGAGCCCGCGCUGGGGGCGCCAGCAGCCCUUCCCCCGUGGUGUUCACGGUGGGCUCGCCCCCCAGCGGGACCACGCCGCCCCAGGGCCCCCGUGCCACCGUGUUCUCAGUGGGCUCCUCCAGCCCCCUCAGCUCGGCAGGUUCCUCCUCCGCCCGUCACCUGGCGCCCGGGGCCUACGGCGAGGCCCCCCUCGAGGUACCCGCCCCCGGCCACUGCUGCAGCUUUGCCGACCCCGUGGCCGCCAACCUGGAGGGGGCUGUGACCUUCGAGGCCCCCGACCUCCCCGAGGAGACCCUCAUGGAGCAAGAGCACACGGAGAUCCUGCACAGCCUGCGCUUCACGCUCGUCUUUGUCCAGCACGUCCUGGAGAUCGCGGCCCUGAAGGGCAGCGCCAGCGAGGCGGCCGGGGGGCCCGAGUACCAGCUGCAGGAGAGCGUGGUGGCCGACCAGAUCAGCCUGCUGAGCCGCGAGUGGGGCUUCGCGGAGCAGCUGGUGCUCUACCUGAAGGCGGCCGAGCUCCUCUCCUCGGGCCUGCAGACCGCCAUCGACCAGACCCGGGCCGGCAAGCUCUGCCUGUCAUCCACCGUGAAGCAGGUGGUGCGGAAGCUGAACGAGCUGUACAAGACGAGCGUGGUGUCCUGCCAAGGCCUGAGCCUGCGGCUGCAGCGCUUCUUCCUGGACAAGCAGCGGCUGCUGGACCGCAUCCAGAGCGUCAGCGCCGAGAAGCUCAUCUUCAGCCACGCGGUGCAGACGGUGCAGUCGGCCGCCCUGGACGAGAUGUUCCACCGCCGGGAGGACUGCGUCCAGCGCUACCACAAGGCCCUGCUGCUCAUGGAGGGGCUGCAGCAGAUCCUCUCAGACCAGGCGGACGUGGAGAACAUCGCCAAGUGCAAGCUGUGCAUCGAGCGGAGACUCUCGGCCCUGCUGACCGGCAUCUGCGCCUGACCUCCUGGAGGCCCGGCCUACGGCGCCCACGGGGCUUGGACCUUCGCUGCCCAUCCAUGGGGUGGGGAGCAGCGUGCUGG